AUUAUAGGAACCUUACAUCCCAUGCAUAGCUAAUAUCCUUGUAGUGAAAGAUGGUAUUAAGAGGCUUCCCCCUGGAGUUUGCUGUGAAUCCUUUUCAGGCAGCAGCAGCUGGCACCUCAAGGAAUUCAUUAGCCCUCAAAGGCAGGAGACUAAUAUGCCAAUCCGCUUCAAUUAGUAGGCAAUUCCAAAGAGCAGAGAAGCGGCGCCUGAGAUGCGGUAAGCAUUAUAUAGAUACGGAGAACAGCCCUGAGGCCUGCUCCUUCCACGGUCACAUGAAUGGUGACAGAGGCUUGUUUUCAUUGGCUCCUCCACAUCAGGGAAUUGAUGGCGAAUGGACAGAUGAAAGUGGAGUGAUUGUUUACAAAUGGAACGACAAAAGAAACAGACCCAACACUGGUAAGAGCAACUGGAAGAAGAGAUGGAGCUGCUGUGGAGAAUAUGAUGAAAAGGCAACUCCCUGCCGACGCGGGCGCCAUGUCUCAUACGAUGAUGGCGGAACCCUUUUUUAGCUUUUUUUACUAGACUUGCAUUUUUUACAUCACAGUUGUGAAAAUACAUACAAGAUUUAGUGAUAUUAGAGUUGCAUAUUGCAGUAGAUAGGGUUGGUUUCUAUUGAUGGCACCAUAUAUGCCUUCUCAAUACGGUCAAGGGAAUUAAAAAAUACGUUUAUGGUAUUCCCAAGUAAAAAUAGAAAUAGAGAGAAUCAAACUAUUUUCUCACAUACGGAUUGGCAUACUGAAAUAAUGGAUACUCUUUAGGGAUGUACUUGCAGAUUUAGGUUGGAGGUCUUCUAGGAUUUAGGUUUAUUUACUCGCGGUUUGAGGUGAUUAGCUCGAGUUAAACAGCUAUGUUGAUUUUGGGCUGCUUAAAUGCUACCAUUGCUUAUAGGACACCUGAUUUCAGAGCUGGAUUGUAGGAAAUUUCGUAUUAAAUGGUAUAUACAGGUCUACAAGACCCAGGCAAUUGCAAAGUCACAGGAAUUAUGCUUAAUUGCAGGAGGAACCAUCCCAACCUUGCAAAAUGUAAAAUCCCAAUAGAUUUACCUCCGUAUACCAGGCACAAGGGUUUUUACUACUUGAUUGGGUGUUAGCUGACAGAGCACUGACCACUGUGUACAUUUAGGUUUGUUAAAGAAUAUAGAUUUGUAAUAAUGUACUGAAACAUGAAAUUUUGUAAUAAGGCUUCAAUUAACCAUGCUUUAGAGUCA